CCGGGCGAUUUUGGUUAAAAUAUUCAAAAUGGCGGACGGAGGAGCAGCGAGUCAAGAUGAGAGUUCAUCCGCGGCGGCGGCAGCAGCAGAUUCACGAAUGAACAAUCCGUCAGAAACCAACAAGUCAUCUAUGGAGAGUGGAGAUGGCAGCGCUGGCACACAAACGAAUGGCCUGGACUUUCAGAAACAGCCUGUGCCUGUUGGAGGAGCAAUCUCAACAGCCCAGGCCCAGGCUUUCCUUGGACAUCUCCACCAGGUCCAGCUCGCUGGGACAAGUUUACAGGCUGCUGCUCAAUCUUUAAACAUUCAGUCCAAAUCUAGUGAAGAAUCGGGGGAUCCGCAGCAGCCAAGCCAGCCUUCACAGCAGCAGCCUUCCGUGCAGUCAGCCAUCCCCCAGACCCAGCUAAUGCUGGCGGGGGGGCAGAUAACGGGGCUCACUUUGACAGCGGCCCAGCAGCAGCUACUACUGCAGCAGGCCCAGGCCCAGGCCCAGCUCCUGGCCGCUGCAGUGCAGCAGCACUCGGCCAGCCAACAGCACAGUGCUGCUGGGGCCACCAUCUCAGCCUCCGCUGCCACGCCCAUGACACAGAUCCCCCUGUCGCAGCCCAUACAGAUUGCACAGGAUCUUCAACAAUUGCAACAGCUUCAACAGCAAAAUCUCAACUUGCAACAGUUUGUGUUGGUGCAUCCGACCACCAACUUGCAACCAGCACAGUUUAUCAUCUCACAGACGCCCCAGGGCCAGCAGGGUCUCCUGCAAGCGCAAAAUCUUUUAACGCAACUACCUCAGCAAAGCCAAGCCAACCUCCUACAACCACAGCCAAGCAUCACCCUCACCUCCCAGCCAGCCACCCCAACUCGCACAAUAGCAGCGACCCCAAUUCAGACCCUUCCACAGAGCCAGACGACACCAAAGCGAAUUGAUACUCCCAGCUUGGAGGAACCCAGUGACCUUGAGGAGCUUGAGCAGUUCGCCAAGACCUUUAAACAAAGACGAAUCAAACUUGGAUUCACUCAGGGUGAUGUUGGGCUCGCUAUGGGGAAAUUAUAUGGAAAUGACUUCAGCCAAACCACCAUCUCUCGCUUUGAAGCCUUGAACCUCAGCUUUAAGAACAUGUGCAAGUUAAAGCCACUUUUAGAGAAGUGGCUAAAUGAUGCAGAGAACCUCUCAUCUGAUUCUACAGCAUCUAGCCCAAGUGCCCUGAAUUCCCCAGGGUUGGGGGCUGAGGGCUUGAAUCGUAGGAGGAAAAAACGCACCAGCAUAGAGACCAACAUCCGUGUGGCCUUAGAGAAGAGUUUCAUGGAGAAUCAAAAGCCUACCUCGGAAGAUAUCACCUUGAUUGCUGAACAGCUUAAUAUGGAAAAGGAGGUGAUUCGUGUUUGGUUUUGUAACCGCCGCCAGAAGGAGAAAAGAAUCAACCCACCAAGCAGUGGUGGGACCAGCAGCUCACCUAUCAAAGCAAAAUGGAUAAACCCUUCGUCCCUUGUGGCAACCACUCCAAGCCUUGUGACAAGCAGUACAGCAACUCCCCUCACAGUCAACCCUGUCCUUCCCUUAACCAGCGCUGCAGUGACUAAUCUCUCUCUUACAGGCACUACAGACACCACAUCCAACAACACAGCCACCGUGAUUUCCACAGCACCCCCUGCUUCAUCAGCAGUCACAUCUCCCUCCUUGAGUCCCUCCCCUUCUGCCUCAGCCUCCACCUCUGAGGCCUCUAGUGCCAGUGAGACCAGCACAACACAGACCACCUCCACGCCUCUGCCCUCCCCUCUCGGGGCCAGCCAGGUGAUGGUGACGGCAUCUGGCUUGCAAACAGCAGCAGCUGCUGCUCUCCAAGGAGCUGCACAGUUGCCAGCAAAUGCCAGUCUCGCCGCCAUGGCCGCUGCUGCAGGACUCAACCCAGGCCUGAUGGCACCCUCACAGUUUGCUGCUGGCGGUGCCUUACUCAGUCUCAAUCCGGGGACUCUGGGUGGUGCUCUCAGCCCAGCCCUCAUGAGCAACAGUACACUGGCUACUAUUCAAGCUCUUGCUUCUAGUGGUUCUCUUCCAAUAACGUCACUGGAUGCAACUGGGAACCUGGUAUUUGCCAAUGCAGGAGGAGCCCCAAACAUCGUGACUGCCCCUCUGUUCCUGAAUCCUCAGAACCUCUCUCUGCUCACCAGCAACCCAGUAAGCUUGGUUUCUGCCGCCGCCGCCGCCUCCACAGGGAACUCUGCACCUGCAGCCAGCCUUCAUGCUUCCUCCACCUCUGCUGAGUCCAUCCAGAACUCUCUCUUCACAGUAGCCUCUGCCAGUGGGGCUGCUUCCACCACCACCACUGCCUCCAAGGCACAGUGAGCUGGGCGCAGAGCUGGGCCGCCCCAGGCCUUCAUCACUGCAGCAUGAUGGGCUGCCAGCUGUGGAGAAACUGACAAGUGUGAUCGGCUUCCUCCCACCGUGUUGUGAGGAUGAGGGAGACAUGGAGAGAAGAAAAAAAUACACAUACCAGGAAAAAAAAUGGAGACAGGACAUCAUUUGCCUAAUUUUAUAAUAAAACUAUGUCUUUUCAGGAUUGCUUCAUGGAUUGGAGAACUUUCUAACCAAAAAUUUAAAAGAAAAAAAAACAAACAAAAAAUCAAAAACAGACAGACAAAAAUAAAUGAAAGGACUACUUAUCAUUUCCAGCAGUCAUGAUGACAAGCUAAGGUGGGUUACCAGUUCCAAUAGAGG